AAGUGCGAUUGAAAUUGCGCACGGAUCUCCCACUUCGUACAUUGUUGCUAUUUAUCAAGGUCUACGGAUUGUUUUUGCACAUUAGCUUGGAAAUUGUAGACUAUUGACUUCAAACAGAUAAUAUAAAUCUGUAAUUUGGGUUUUACAAGAUGGCCAGCUGCAGUUUUCAGUCGCAGUUGGUAUCGAUUAUGGAGGUAUUAGCUAAAGCCGCUGUAGCAGAAAUAAACAAUCGUGUAGAUGAUAGCUGUGCAGUUAUACGUUUGGAAAUGACCCAAAGCCAACGAGAUAUUGAUGUACUGAAAAGAAAGUGUCGAAUGAUGGAGAGCGAGCUGAAGAAGACACAAGGACGAGAUAGGAGAAAAGAAAGAUUGUCAUAUCCUGUCAAGAUUGUUUUGAACAAAGAAAGGAAUAGCUCACAGUGGAGAGGCAGAGAGGACUCUCCGUGCCAGCCUACUGAUGUGGAGCAGAGAGUGGAGACUGAACCCAUACUGAUCAAAGAUGAGACAGCAGAGUACGUGUGGAAGGCUAAUGCUCAGGAAGAGUUCAGGAUCACUGAGUCUGGUUCCAAGCCUGGGAAACCACCAUCCUUUGAGCAACGGCACUGUGAUGAGGACUUCAUCACACAACCCAACAUAUCUUCUGAAGACUCAGUAAAACAUUACCCAAAUUCUGAUCGUCCAGAGGAACCAGGAACACCCCGGCUCCCAUCUACAGAGGUGUUCAGCACAGAGCAGCACCGGCCAGACGAGGACUCACUAGACCUAGUGAUGGUGAAAGAGGAGGAGCUGGAUCAGACCACAAACCUGGCAGGACCUGACCAGUUUGUCGUGGAUGAGUCUGAUGGGCAGUUGUGGACCUCUGUGGAUCCAGGCAGAGACACGGACCCUGAUGGCCACCCAGAUUUCUCCUUUCAUUCCACAGAAAAGUACUCUCAGAAUAUCUCAAUUUACCCAUCUCAUAGUGGACUGUCAUCUGUUCCUACUAUGACAGAUGAAGUGGGGCCAUCACUUCACCCUUCUAUAGGAAAACCACAUGCUAACAUGUUCAGUGCAGAAAAACACAGUAAAGGACAUGUCAGAACAUUGGCUGAUGAGACUAGACAACAGAUGCCAGAGGGACAGAGCAGUAAAAGGCUGAACUCCAAUAAUGAAGGAAAUAGUUUAGCUCUACAGUCAAGGCAGCAUCAACACAGGGCUUCAGAAGCAACAGUGAGAUUGAGUGAGUGCAUGACAGGGUCAAACAUGGACACCACCUCCACCUUCUCUGGAUACAGCCUGAGUCACAGUAGUUUUAACAUGGUGAAGAGAAUGAGGACUCAGUGGAGGUCGGGCGGCACCACCGAGAGGCGUUUCAGCUGCACCUUCUGUGGGAAGAGCUUCCCGCGUUUCUGGCAGCUAAAAGAACACCUCCGAAGUCACACCGGAGAGAAACCGUACACCUGCGAACAGUGUGGCAGGAGUUUCACCAAGCAAUGCAACCUGAUCAGACAUGCUGUGGUCCACAGUGGGGAGAAGCCCUACAAGUGCACACAGUGUGGGAAAUGCUUCACUCAGCGCUCUGGUAUGAAGUCACAUCAGAGAACUCACAUAGGAGAGAGUCCAGUGUCUCAAUACGGGGCACCCACAUACCCUGGGGAUCCACACACAAGUUUAAUGUAGUCUCAGACCAGAUGGAACAAAUAGUUCAUAGUUACAUAGUUUUUCUGGAACUUUGUUUUGAGACAAUUUGACAAGCUUUUCCUCCUAAUUGAUUUGUGAAUUGGUUCUGAUGUUUGACUGUUGAUGGCUCUUCACUUUUAUUUUAAACAACUAAUUUACAACUGGUAACAAUGUAUUUUGUACUCCAAAACUGUAAAAAAAAAACAUGUUAUUUUCAAUAAAAUGUAUUUGAUGAAAGA